AUGACGAAGGUCGACCACAAGGCUGUUCUCAUUGUCAUCGAUGGAUGGGGCAUCCCGUCCGAAAGCUCUCCUCCGGAGGGCGACGCCAUUGCUGCCGCCGAGACCCCUUUCAUGGACGAGUUCGCCAAAGAUGGUUCCAAAACUGCUCAAGGCUACACUGAGCUUGAGGCUUCAUCCCUCGCCGUGGGUCUCCCAGAAGGCUUGAUGGGUAACUCUGAAGUCGGCCAUCUCAACAUCGGCGCAGGCAGAGUCGUCUGGCAAGAUGUUGUGAGGAUUGAUCAGACCAUCAAAAAGGGCGAAAUGAACAAGAUUACCAACAUUCAAAAAUGCUUCCAGCGGGCGGUCGACGGCAAUGGCAGGCUUCACCUCCUGGGUCUCGUCAGCGACGGAGGCGUCCAUAGUCACAUCAACCAUUUGUUCGCUCUCUUGCAAGUUGCCAAGGAGAUGAAGGUCCCGAAAGUCUUCAUUCACUUUUUUGGAGACGGUCGAGACACGGACCCCAAGAGUGCUGCGGGAUACAUGCAACAGUUGCUGGACAAGCUGAAGGAGCUGGGCAUCGGUGAGCUGGCCACGGUGGUUGGUCGUUACUACAUCAUGGAUCGAGACAAGAGGUGGGAUCGUGUCGAGAUUGGCAUGAAGGGCAUCGUGCUUGGUGAAGGUGAAGAAUCAUCCGAUCCCGUUGCCACGAUCAAGGCUCGAUACGAGAAAGGGGAGAACGAUGAGUUCCUCAAGCCCAUCAUCGUCGGCGGAGACGAGAGGAGGAUCAAAGAUAAUGACACCCUUUUCUUCUUCAAUUACCGAUCCGACCGUGUCCGAGAAAUCACUCAGCUUUUGGGCGAUGUUGAUCGAUCGCCCAAGCCGGACUUCCCGUAUCCCAAGGGGAUUGAAAUCACCACCAUGACGCAGUACAAGACCGACUACAAAUUUCCCAUCGCAUUCCCACCUCAGCACAUGGGCAACGUUCUGGCCGAGUGGCUGGGCAAGAAAGGCUUGAAACAAUGCCACGUCGCUGAAACCGAGAAGUAUGCCCAUGUGACGUUCUUCUUCAACGGAGGGGUGGAGAAACAAUUCGAGGGCGAAGAGCGAGAAUUGAUUCCCAGUCCGAAAGUCGCCACAUACGAUCUCGACCCUCCCAUGAGCGCUCAAAAGGUGGCAGACAAGCUCAAUGAAAGGAUAGCGGAUCAAAAGUACGAUUUCUUGAUGAACAAUUUUGCGCCCCCGGACAUGGUUGGUCAUACCGGAGUCUACGAGGCGGCGAUCAAGGGAGUGGCCGCCACAGAUGCCGCCAUCGGUACGGUGUAUGAGACGUGCAAGAAGGAAGGCUAUAUCCUCUUCGUGACAGCCGAUCACGGCAAUGCCGAAGAAAUGUUGAAUGAAGAAGGCAAACCCAAGACGUCACACACGACCAACAAGGUUCCCUUUGUCAUGGCCAAUGCGCCCGAAGGAUGGAGCUUGAAGAAACAGGACGGCGUCCUCGGGGAUGUCGCCCCCACGAUUCUUGCAGCGAUGGGACUCGACCAGCCGGAAGAAAUGGGCGGCACAAGUUUGUUGGUCAAGAAGUAA